AUGGCACCAAUGAGAACUUUGUUGGCGCUAGCUAGCACUGGCCUGGCCCCUCUGGUGCUAGCCAAGCAAGUCCACUUUGAUUUGGACUUGACUUGGCAAAAGGGUGCCCCAGAUGGCAAUGUUCGAGAACUGGUGUUUAUGAAUGAUCAAUUCCCUGGUCCAGAGCUGCGGUUAGAACAGGGUGACGAUGUCGAAGUGGUCGUCCACAACAAUCUGCCUUACAAUACCUCGCUUCACUUCCAUGGAAUUGAGCAACGAGGUACACCAUGGUCUGAUGGAGUCCUUGGACUUACUCAGAAGCCAAUCCAGCCUGGUCAUAGCUGGACAUAUAAGUGGAAGGCAACCCAAUAUGGAACAUACUGGUAUCACGCUCAUGCUCAGGCCGAGCUCAUGGAUGGACUAUAUGGACCCAUCUGGAUCAGUCCAUCUUCCGGAACACCCGAUCCUUUCCAUUUUAUCUCAAGCAAUCCUGCUGAUAUCAACGCAAUGAAAGCCGCGGAGAAAAAUCCACAACUUGUUAUGCUCUCCGAUUGGGAUCACCUUACCGCAGCUGAGUAUCAGAAGGCCGAAGAAGACACCAAGGUCAACAUCAUAUGCUCUGAUAGUAUUCUUGUCAACGGACGCGGGGCAGUGUAUUGUCCGGGUACCGCAAACAUUUCCAGCGUCGAGCUACCGUACCUUAGCACUGCAAUCAACAACCAGCCUUUGACGGAUAAAGGCUGCCUCCCUACCAUAUAUGAGACUCAAGGCAAUUUUCCCACUCAUCCCGAGCUAAUUCCAGUAGGGUUGAACUCUGCCUGCACCCCUACUGUUGGCCUCCAUGAAAUCAUUGAAGUCGAUCCUCAAGCUGGAUGGGUUAGUCUCAAGCUUAUCAGUGCGGCUGCGCUCAAGGCGCUGAUGUUCUCUAUUGAUGAACACCCCAUGUACAUCUAUGAGGUUGAUGGCGCAUACAUUGAGCCUCAACUUGCAGAGACAUUUUCUAUUUUCAGCGGAGAGCGCUACGCUGCGAUGAUCAAACUGGACAAGCCACCCAAGGACUAUACCAUUCGAAUUCCCGACACACAGGGUGACCAAGUCAUCUCCGGUUUUGCCACUAUGCGAUACAAAGGCUCCGAUAAUACCAGCCCCUCCGCUCCCUACGUGGACUAUGGUGGCAGAAACACAUCGGCCUCAGUUAAGCCUCUAGAUAACAGAGCUAUCCAACCUUAUCCUCCUGUGUCCAUCCCUCGCCACGCGGAUCAGCUGGUCAACCUGACCCUUGGUCGUUGGGGCUCCUCUUACACUUGGACUGCCGCUGGGGGUGCCCUCUAUGACAUGAUGGCUAAUUGGGAUGACCCUAUUCUGUAUGACUUGAAUGCCAAGAAUAAUCUUGCCGACCAAGUCACCAUCCAGACUAAGAACGGCACUUGGGUGGAUCUGCUUCUUCAGCUAGGUAACAUGCCCAAUACACCAGCUACCCAAGCGCCGCAUGUCAUGCAUAAACAUUCCAACAAAGCCUUCAUUCUCGGUGUCGGACCUGGCACCUUCAGCUGGGCAAGCACUGAUGAGGCGAUUGCUCAACAUCCCGAAUUUUUCCAGCUGGACAAUCCUCAAAUGAGAGACACCUUUGUCACUCAGGGUGCCAAUGGUCCGACUUGGAUGAUUCUCCGAUAUCAGGUGGUAAACCCUGGUCCCUUCCUCUUCCACUGUCACAUUGAGACGCACAUGGCCAAUGGUAUGGCAGUCGCUCUACUUGAUGGUGUUGAUGCGUGGCCGCAGGUUCCGGCAGGCGAAGACCAAAGCCCAGACGCCGGUCAGGUUUCUGGACAGAGUACUAGUCAAGAUCAAGGUGCAGGUCAAGCCCAGGCUUCUGGUCAAGAGCAGGCUGGUGACCAAGGAGAGAGUGAGACUAUGAGUUCGUUCUGGUCUAGCCACUCGCAGGCACCCACACCCGGUACUGGCACAGCAUCUUCAGCUCCGCUCGCGACCUCAAGUACCCCGCAGGCGCCUCUAAAACCUUCGACAACCCAUCCAAAACCUCCUCAGACCCCUCAGUCCACUCAAAGCUCCCCGCCAUCUCCAGCUCAAGCCAGCCCUCUCACACCCCCGCCAGCCACGUCUGAGAUUGAGGACUUUGGCGAGUGGUACCAGGCUCGCCAUGAACUCAUGAAGCUUAUUGGUCAAAGAAUUUCUGACCGAGUUUCGGAGGCUGAUCGCGAUAUCUAA